AUGGGCUUCGCAUCCAACAUUGUCAUCGGCUCGGCCAGCUUCCUGCUCGGCAUGGUCUUUGUCUCGCAGGUGGUCGACAUCCCCCUCCUCUACCUCCCGCUCACGGACGAGGCGAUCAACAAUGCGUACAAGUUCUACGAGAUGUGGUACGAGGCCCCCGGCGCCGUCAAGGCCCUCUUCCACGCCGCCAUGGGACUCCCCCUCAUCGUCCUCCUCCUCAAGCUGCACAAGUGGACCGAGAGCGCGCUGUUCUUUGACGGCACCAGCGUCGCGCUGCAGCUCGCCACGAUCGUGCUCUACCUCAGCGUCCACAUUGCGUCUCUGCGUACUUUCCUCCCCGACUCGAACAAGGGCUCCAACUCGUGGAACUUCCUCCCCCAGCCCCCGCCCCCCGAGGAGCCCAUCACCGAGGACGAGAAGGUCGAGGCCGUGCGCGUCCUCGCGGCCGCCAACGCGCUCGUCGGCCUCCUCCUCAUCGGCGUGAUCGGCAUGCAGAUCGGCCAGGAGUACGCUGGCAACGUGGAGGCGCGCGAGCAGGCGCGCAUCGACGCCGAGGUGCGCAACGAGGAGGCCGAGACGAAGAAGGACCAGUAG